AUGUCGGGAUUGUGGUUGCUGAAUGGGGACAUUGAUAGGGGUCAUCGUGCUGCGAUAUGGUAUGAGCGCAAGCUUGAGCCUCUGAUCCAGAACUUCCGGGCGCCGUUGACUGUGGAACAGAUCACUCGGAGCCUGGAGGCCUACUUAUUAUGCCUUUUUGGCAAGGUGAUGUUCACGGAGAACCAUGUCACCACUAUUAGCGCCCUCUACAUCCCUAUGGCACUCGAGAUAGCGAGCGCUCAGACGGCGGAUCAGAUCAGACAGAGGAGUUGGGGUUCGGCGGUCUUAGCGGCUACAUACCGAGGUAUGUGCAACGGUUGCCAGCUUACAUCGAGAAAGCCAGCCCUUCUUGGAUGCCCUCUAUUCCUACAGCUGUGGUCGUGGGAGAGGUUCUCUAUAGGGCGACCAGAUGUACGUGUUCAUGAGCCUAUAGACGCCAUGUUUGAUGUUGACGGCAUCGACAUGCCUACUUUCGGUCUGUGUUGGACUCGUCGCAAGAGACGCUUUGCUAGUGAUCAGACCAGGAAGGCAUACACAACAUUGAACGAGCAGUUCGAUGCGUACACCGGGGUCAUCUGGCAGCCCUACACGGAAGCAGCCAUACAAGCGAGAUACCCUGCUGGUAUGUCUGUGCUAUGCACAAGGGACCGAGAUUACUGGAUGACAAAAUAUCUAAGAUCAUCUUCGAUGUCUUCGUCGAGGAGAUGGCACAACAGAGGGUUAUGAGGCAAUUUGGUCUUCUGCAGUUGGAGCUACCUCCCCCUAUAGAGAACCCGCUGCCAGCACACAUCCACAGGUAUUAACCAGUUUUUCAAUGUUGCAUUAUCUUUCAUAGUACUCCAUUCGAAGCUUUAGGUAAUUUUUGAACACACACCACAAUUUUAGGACGACAAGG